AUACCUGCUGAUACUGCUGCUGCUGCCGACGACGCCAUGGAUGCCCCCAUUGACGACUCUGCUCCUCCUCCUGACACACCUGAGGACCUGGAUUCUCCGCUAGCCCAUUUCCGCUCCGGAUUAGUUCAGCUGCUGUCCUGUGACCUGUCCACGAACUGGCGCAGAUUUGAAGAGAUCCUGGAUGACAUCAUCUCUGAGGCCCGGGACCACCUUAAGUUACCUUUGCCAAGUGCCCGCCCUCCUCCUUCCUCACCCAUCUCGGCAAGUGACCCCAGGGCCAUUCAACGCCUCUACCGGAGAAAUAGAAGACGUGCGAUGAGGCUCAUCACCGAAGGGGAAUCUCAAAAAUGUCCUCUAGACCGGACCUCAGUGUUUGACCAUUUUUCCUCUCAGGCCUCCCCUUACCUGAUUGACUCGUCCGUCUUCACUCCGCCAGACUGCCUGCCUCCUGAGCUUGACCUCUCCAACUUCACACCCUCCGAGGUUGCCUCCCGCCUGCAUGCGUGUGAAAACACCGCCCCUGGACCCGACAGGCUAACUUACCAGCACUGAAAGACACUGGACCCCGACUGCAACAUCCUUGCUCUCAUUUUUAACAUCUGCGUGAGGGCUCAGCGCACUCCUGACUCCUGGAAGUCGACCUCGUCCGUGCUCAUCUUUAAGAAAGGGGA